AUGCAGGGCGGCGGCGGCGGUAGAGGCGAUUCUUCAAGUGGGGGCGGCGGCAGGGCGAUUCUUCAAACGCGUCUUCGGUGGUCUUCGGUCGUCUUCAAUCCGGCGUCGCGGCGUCUUGGUCUUCGGGGAGAGAGAAACGGGGCGGCGGAGAGAAGAGGAGAAGAGGGAAAGAAAAUCGGGAAAGAAGAAGAGAAAGAGUGGUACUACUACCUCUUCUAUAUUGGAAAUUUAUGGGUAUUGAGUUUAGUGACCGUAACCAUUAUUAUCCAUUGGAGUAAACCUGCAGGAAUUGGAAGAUCAAGGUUGCCUCCUGGUUCAAUGGGUCUACCAUUUAUUGGAGAGACAAUCCAAUUCAUCAUUCCUAGUAACUCUCUUGACACUCCUUCUUUCAUUAAGAAGAGGAUCCAAAAGUAUGGUAAUGUGUUUAAGACUAGUUUGGUGGGGAGACCAAUUGUGAUAUCGUCAAACUCAGAUUUCAAUCACUAUAUUCUUCAACAAGAAGGGAAGCUAGUCGAGAUUAGUUACAUGGACUCGUUCGACAAGAUGAUUGACAUGAAAGAAAUGUCGGAUAAUGGGUUUCUCUUAAUGGGAUCCAUGCAUAAAUACACUAGGGGACUUGUUUCGAGUCACUUUGGGAAUGAGAAACUUAAGGAGAUAUUGAUUUCUAGAUGGGAGUUAAUUGUCAAUCAAACUCUACAAACUUGGUCCAAGCGCAAUUCUAUUGAAGUAAAGCGCUCUUCAUCGGAGAUGGUGUUUAACUUCACAGCCAACAUCUUAUUCGGUUACGACCCUGAAAAAUCAGUAGAAAACUUUGGGGAAAUUGUUUGUGAUAUCAUGGAAGGAAUGAUGUCUAUUCCCUUGAAAAUUCCAGGCACUACCUUCCAUAGAUGCUUCAAGGCCUAUGAGAAGGCUUCGAAGUUGAUAAGUGACACCAUGAAAGAAAGGAAAGAAAAUCGACAAAAACAAAGAGGAGACCUUCUUGAUCAACUAACAUAUGACAUGGAGAAACAUACAUUCUUAAAUGAAUCAAAUAUUCCUAAGAUAAUAACCGGUCUUUUGAUUGCCAGCUUUGAGACACUAUCUAUCACUUUAACCUUAGCCAUUAAGUUCAUCAAUGAGACUCCCCUUGUUCUUGACCAACUCUUGAAAGAAAAUGAAGAGAUUGUGAAGAAUAGGAAGAAUGGAGAGAAUGGAAUAACAUGGAAUGAAUACAAAUGCAUGACCUUUACCAUGCAGGUUGUAAAUGAAACUCUAAGGAUGGCAAGUGUUGCCCCUGGUAUUCUCAGAAAAGUCUUACAAGACAUUCAAAUCAAUGGUUACACAAUUCCAAAAGGGUGGUCAAUCAUGGUUGUUCCUUCUGCUGUCCAACUAAAUCCAAAGAUAUUUGUUGAUCCCCUUGUCUUCAAUCCAUGGCGAUGGAAGGAUUUGGGACUGGAGGUAACAAUGAAAAAUUUUAUACCUUUUGGAGGAGGAAUGAGACCUUGUUCAGGUUCAGAGUUUAGCAAAAUGGUGAUGGCCAUUUUCAUUCAUGUGAUGGUGAUCACAAAAUACAAGUUCACAAAAAUCAAAGGAGGAGAAAUAGUUCGAAAACCAUUGUUAGGGUUCGGAGAUGGUUACUACGUAAAAGUCACAAAAGGAGAGCAUUAA